CUUUAACCUGUCAGUUGUCACAAGCAGUGUACCAUGAAUGGCAAGAUCUUUCAGCAUGUUAGAUUGUCGAUGGCUGCUCCCACCAUCUUGCCCCUCUCUCUAUCCUUCCUUGGCUGCGUGCAACCACAUGCUCCCACAGGGGUUGACCAGGUUAACAGCAGAACACGGUUGAAGAAGAAGAAGAAGUGGAGCUUGAUGAGUUGGUAAGUGUCAUGAGGUGGCCAUCCAAUGCCUUCUUUUGUGCCUUUCCCAGCUUAAUUUACUCGACAUUGACUCUUGGUGAUGUCAUAACCGUGGUUUGUGCAGGAGAUUGAGUUGACCAACCUACAGCCGCCGUGGGUUUGUCACAGUUGCUUCCCCCACCUCCGUUUCCGAUCUCAGCACAGUGUAUUCUCUUUCAUCUAUCGUCUAAUUUAGGGGGUUUGUCGGCAAUCGUAGUGCAGGUCGCCAUCGAGGGGGGGGAAGCAUUUGCGUGCUGAAGCGUGCGCCCGUCUUGGCGUAAGAUCCGAGCCGUUCAUUCAUAUUUUCCAUCACGUGCAACACGUGCUACUAUGGCCCCACCAUCGAGUCAACGCAUAUCCCGAAAACCUAACCCGCCUCCGCUAUCCAUUGACUACGCCGUCCACCGAAACCAAACCCGGUUUUUUUAGGCUGGCACUUGAGCUUAUUAUAUCGAACCCAACCGCUUCGAUUCCGAGACGAGUCGAGUCGGGACCCAGACUCCCCUUGACCGAGUCGUGACUCGCCCCGUCUCCUGGUGGCGAAGACGAGCGAUGGCUUCCUCCGCCACCGAGGGCGGGGAGGACCCCCACGACCGAGCGGCGGUGCUACAGGAAUCCGUCGGUGGAAAGCGGCGGAGGGCUCCGUGUUCCCCUCCUCCCCCGGCGCCACCUGGCGCCGGGUGCGAAGAGUCGUCGCGGCGGGUGUUCCAGAAGCUGUGGACUGACGCGGACGAGAUCGCGGUGCUGCAGGGGUUCUGGGAGUUCACGUCGCGGCGGGGGACGGCGCGCGCGGACUACCAGCACGACACGGGGCCCUUCUACGACGAGAUCCGCGGCCGCCUCGGCUUCGACUUCAGCCGGAGCCAGCUCGUGGAGAAGCUCCGCCGCCUCAAGAAGAAGUACCGCAACACGGCGGGCCGGAUGGCCGCCGAUCGGGGCUUCGUCUUCCGCAGCCCCCACGAGAGGGCCGCCUUCGAGAUCGCACGCAAAAUCUGGAACCCUGUCUUCGCGCGCGGCCCCGACGGUCAAAGCUGCGAUCCUGACGGGGUCGAGGCCUCCAAAGAUGGCGGCUGGGACUCGGACCACGAUUCCGGUCCGAGGCCUCGUAGGCGCCUCAAGAAGGGUAAGGAAACGGAAGCGGUGGCAACGCCGUCGGAGAUGAUCACCGCCGCGGCGAAUCGUCCCGACCCCGUGGUGGCGCCUCCAUCCAUGCCGAACUCCGAAAUGGCGGAGCAGAGCAUGAGGAGCUGCUUCUCGCCACUGUUCGACGAGAUACUCCGUUGCACAGGGAUCGGCCAUGGAGUGACAGCACUGAGCUCAAGGACACCAGCGGCCGCGGUGGGCGAGAGAUGGAAGCAGCAGCAGAUUCUAGAGCUGGAGGUGUACCUGAAGAGGCUGGAGCUUAUCCAUGACCACAUCAAGUCGAAGCUGGAGGAGCUCAAGUCAGAGAGCAGCAGCUAAAACUAGAGGUCUUCUUGUUGUAUCUUGUUUCAGCUCUAGUCAACCAAAGCACUGGAAGCAAACUUGUUCUUCUUCUUCUUCCUCCUCCUCCCUGUUCAUACUCAUCAAGGUCAGUUUCUUCAGCAGUCGAAAAUAUUACAUGAAGAAGGGAUGAAUCUGAGCAAACAAAAAGGACAAGUAAUAACUUGUAGCUUGUAUGAUACAUUGAUCCCAAGUUUGUUUGACUA